AUGGAUCCUAAGGAGUAUCCUACUCCUACUGAUCCACCAUUUUCAUACAAUUCAGAUCAUCUCUCAAAUAAUCCUCAAAUUACGGCGGAUGAGUCUAAAAUUAGUCUAAUUGGUUCUAAAAUCAGUUUAAAUGGGUCUAAAAUUACUCCUAACGGUCAUCAAACUACCAUUGAUGACCCUAAUAUUAGCCCUAAUAACGCUCAAAUUACCUCUACUGAAUCCCAUAUCACCUUUAAUGAACUAUUUAAACUACUUGUGUAUACUAAGUAUACUUCACUUAGUAGACUAAAGUUAGUAGAAAAUGUUGAUGAGAAGAAGGAAUUUCUGAUCUUACAAGGUUCAAAUAGGACAAUUAAUAACUUAAAAUCAACACUAACAAGUUCAAGAUUACUUGAGAGAUCAACACUAACUAGUUCAACACUAACGGGAUCAAGAUUAGUUUCAAAGGAGUUUACAAAUUUAUUGGAACAGCUUAAAAGGUAUGAUAAUUAUUUUAAAAAGACUUCGGAACAGUGUAAGUGUAAAUUACCAUCAGAGUCUACGAGUAUUUCUAUAGACUAUAAUUUGUUUAGAAGAACUAUACCACAGAAUGAUACGGAGAAUCCUAAAUUUGAUCCUAUUGAGUAUUCCGCAUUAGAGAAAUCAUUAAAUUUACUCAAGUCAAGAUAUGAAUAUGAUUUUUCUAAAUUGGUCAGUUACCAGAAUAUAAUUUACCAAAUUUUCCUAUUCGACUCACAUGAGUUCCAUUUAAUGGCAAAAUAUAGUCCAGACAUUGAUCCAGCAACUCAACUGAGAUUAAAUAAUACCUUACCAACACUUUAUUAUGUUUAUAAUGAGAUUUCCAAACACAGAUCAGAAUUUCUAGAGAAAAUUUCAUUCAAAAGAUUAUCAGUAUCAAAUUCUCUAGACAAACAGAAAUUUGGAUCGGAGUCACAGAAAUUAGGAUCCGAGACACGGAAAUUACAAUUAGAACAACAGAGAUUAGGAUUAGAUCAACAGAGAUUAGGAUCAGUAGGAAAUACAUUUGACGCAUUAGUUACAAGACUAUAUGAAACUUUGAUGGAACAUGAUAUUGUAUUGUAUAUUAGGAUAUUUAAAUUGAAUAUAGUAUCAGUUAUUGAUGUAGAAUCGGUGAUAUUGCCAGUUUUAAGGGGAAUUUUAGAUGAAUUACAAUCACUAGAGUGUGAUUAUCAUUGGAUUAGCUUAUUUACAGAGAGUUACACAGUGACUGAGGAUCCUAAAUUGGAUUAUAUAUAUAAAGUUCUGUACUUAAUAUUAGAUUUUAGUUUUAAUAAUAAAUUGUUAACACUUGUGGAUGUUACAAUUGAUGUGAUUUUUAGUUUCUCUAUAAGAAAUCCAAAUUUCUCCAAUAUACUACAGUGUUUCAAUAAAUAUUUUAAGACUAUUAUAUAUCCAAUUCUUAAUACAACAGGUGGUAAGGUAGUAGGUGGUAAGGUAGUAGGUGGGAUAUCAGCUGAGUUAGCCAGUGGGAUUCCAUCAAGUGGUAAGGUAUCAACCAGUGACUUAUCAACUACGUUGUCAACUAGUCCGAUGACUAAUGGGAUAUUAAUACCUUGUUUAUAUAAUUUGGAAUCUAUUGUAUUAUUUGAAUAUUUAUCAUUACAAUAUCCAAUAUUAAGUCAUAAAACAGAUAAUUCUAUUAUUAAAGAAAUGAGUACAUUAAUACCAAAAAUUGGUAAUUUUAUAAUACGUAUUGAUAUAGAAAUUUUGGAUCAAAUUACUCUUGAUAAAUUAUAUAAAAAAGAUACAUUUAAUUUUAAAUUAUAUAUUAAAAAUAAGAGAAAUUUCUUUUUAAUUUUCUCACAUGGGAAUAUUUUUUUCUCAACACAAUCAAAUUCAAAUAUUAAUCCAAUCAAUAAUCAAGAUAAGGAUCGGGAUCCAGAUAAACUGGUACAGGAUCGAGUACAAGAGGAUAAAUUGAAUAAUAGUAUACAGUAUAAUAGUAUACAGGAUAGGAUAAAAAUAUUUAAUAAAGGUUCUAAAUAUUUAUGUAUAGAAAUAUUAUUUAAUGAAUAUAUAAAUAUAUUUAUAAAUGGUAAAGAAUUUAAUAAUAUGAAGUUUGAAGAUGAUAUUGAAUUUUAUCAAGUUGAUUUCUAUUAUAAUAUUGACAAUGUUAAUGUUAAACAAUUUUCUACAUUAACAACAGGAUUUAGAAAAUUUUUAAUACAAUCAAAUGUUAUAGAAUAUCCCGUUACGGUGCUUGGUCCAACGGCUAGUAAUGGACCUGAGGUUAGUACUUUUACUGAUGGAACUAGUAAUACUAAUAGUACUGAGGAUAGUAGUAAGGAUAUUGGAAGUAAGGAUAGUAGUAAGGAUAUUGGUACAGUUGGAGCAAGCACCGUAACGGAGGGAAAGGGAACUAAUUCUAUGGGUAUGAAGUGUACUAGUGAGAAAAAUUCUAAUGAAAUUGCUGUUGUAACUAAAACUGGGGAGUCAGGUACUUUUGUGGAUACUGAAGGUGGUGAGGAUAUUAAGGGUGCUGUUGGAGCAAGCACCGUAACGGAGGGAAAGGGAGCUAAUUCUACCCUUAUGGAGUGUACUAUGGGUAAUAAGGCUGAUGGUAUUAAUAGUAUUGUUGAUUAUAUAGUAUAUUUUUCAAAGGGACUUUCAAGUAUACAUAUGGUAAUAUCGAAUAUAAAUUUUAAUAUAUCAUUAGAUAAUUCAUUUAAUCCAUUGAAUCCAAAAGUAUUUGAAAGUUUAAAUAUAUUAUUUGAAUUAUUAUUAAAUAUUUUUGAAUCAAUCUCAACUAUCAAUUUUACUAUCUUAAGUACAAUAGAUACAAGUACAACUGAUUCUACACAUUCAAUAGAUUCUACAGAUGGAAAUUCAAUUGUUAUGAUAAAUUUAAUAACAAUUUGGAGAAAAUUGUCAGAAUCAAUUAUUUCAAUACUUUCAAUAAUUAAAAUUUUCUUUUCAUUACCAAUUAAUAUUGAACAAAUACCAUUAGGAUUUCUUAAUAAUUUAACAAAAAUACUUUAUGAAUCAAUUAAAUAUAAAUCAUACUAUAUGGUUCCUGAGACGGUUCCAGAGACUAAGGAUUCUGAGACUGUUCCUGAGACGGUUCCUAAGACUAAGGUUCCUAAGACUAAGGAUUCAGACUCUAAACACUCAUUUGACUCUAAAAACACAAUUUACUCGAAGUAUCCUGACCCUAAACACUAUCCCGACUCCAAGUACCCUCACUCCAAGUACCCUGAAUCUACCUAUUUACAUUUCCAAAAUUUACAUCAUCCUAUAGAUUUAAUUUCAUUAGCAAAUACUGUAAAUUUAAUAUCACUUGAUAUUUUAGGAUCAAAUCAAUUAAUUUCAACUCAACUGUUUUCAUAUACUUCAACACAAUUAUUAUCAGAAAUCUUAAUGAACAUCGCGUAUACUUCUUAUUUUAUUACUGAUUUAACAAUAUUUACUAAAAAUAAUACAUUAAAUUUUCUAAAUCAAAGUUUAUGUAUUGAAAUUUUUACUAAAAGAACAUUAACAGAUGUUUUUAUACAGAAUAUUGGACUCGGUACUGGUCCUAGUAAGGUUACUAGACCAACAGGACCAGGUAAGGCUACAAGAUCAACUGAUCCUAAUAAAGCUACUAAGCUUAAUGAUCCUAAUAAGUCUACUAAAUUAACUACUAAUAAUAAUAAGGCUACUAAAUCUACUACUAAUCCUACUACCCCUACUACCCCUACUGACCCUUCUAUCACUACUAAACUUAUUACUAAUCCCGUUGAGAUUAACUUAUGGUGGAAAUUAAUAUAUGAAUUACUUGAGUCUGAUAAAUUAUUAUUAAAAAAUGAUAUCUUAAAUGAUAAUUGUAAAUGUAAUUUAAAAUUGAAUGAAUUAAUGUUAUUGGAUCCGAUGUUUAAUUAUUGUAAUUAUUGUUUAAGGAAAUAUUUUAAUUAUUUUUCAUCAAUUGAAUCAUUAAAUUAUUAUACCAAAUUAUUAAGUAAUGAAAAUUUCUAUACUAUACCAAGACCAUCAAUGUUAUUAUGUCGUUUUCUAUUAAAACAUGGUAUUACAAUUUUAUUAUUCAAUUUAUACAAUAAAUCUAAUAAAUCAUUUACUAAAUCAUUUACUAAAUCAUGUAAUAAAUCUGAAAAUGGAUUAGAAUCAGAUUCAGAAUCUGUAGAAUCAAAAUCUGAUUCACAGUCAUCAAUGGUAGAUUCAACUGGAGACCUAACUGUAGAACUAACUGUAGAUAAAUUGUUUGAAGAAUAUUUAAUAAUAUUUAUACCAAAUAAUUUAAAGUUGAUAGAAGAAAUUUUCAUAUAUUUAUUAAAACUUAAUGAACAAAUUUUAUAUAUAUUUGGAGAUUUAUUGAAAUUUGAUUUUAGAUUAUUAAAUUUUCUAAAUUGUUUAUCAAUAUUAGAUUUGUUAACAUAUUUUUAUGAAUUUAUCCAAUCUGGUACUAAAUAUUUCCUCCAUAUAAUUUCUUGUAUUAAAUUAUUACCAUAUCUUAUUAAAGUAUUAUUAUUAUAUAAUAAAAUCUUCCGUAUAUUAAAAUAUCAAAAAUUUAAUCCAAUUAAUUAUUUAAUUUAUCAAUUUUCAAGUUUAUUAAUUAUUUAUAUGAAAUUUAUACAAUAUAUUUAUACCAAUGAUUUUAAACUUGGUGAUCAUAAUUACAGACAAGUUGAUCGUAACUACAGACAAGUUGUUGAUAAUUUAACACAAGUUGAUCAAUACAUUUCUAAACAAGUUGAAGAUGAAUUAAAAGAUGUAAAUUAUAUUUUUAAAUUUCCAAAAUGUUUAGUAACAAAUCUUAAUUUUAAUUUUAAUUCUAGUAACGGUGCUUGGUCCAAUGGUACUAGUAGCUCCAAUGGUACCGUUGAUAGUAGUAAUAUAGAUAGUAGUAAGUCUAUGGAUAGUAGUAAUAUGGAUAAUUGUGAUAAUCUGGAUAAUACUAUGAAUUUGGACAAUUCUAAGACUCUGAACAGUUGUGAUAGUCUGGACAGUUCUAAUACCCUGGACACUGAUAUGGAAAUAAUUGGAUCUAUACGUAAAUUAUUAUUAUUAGUACAAGAUUUUAAAUAUAUAAAAGGAACAAGUAUAUCAUUUAGAAAUAUAUCAGAAAUCGAAUCAUUCAUAACAAAUUCACAUGAGUCUGAGUAUAAGAUUAGUAAUUUGACUAGAGGAUUAUUAAAUAUGGAGAAUUGGGCUACAAAAAUCUUUUCGGAUAGUUUUGAUCAAGUACAUCCACGUCUAAUAAAAUUACGUUAUACCUUAAUAGCUUUAUUUAUACAUUUAGGAUCAGACUGUGAGAUAACAGAACGGUUGGUAUCAGAUAAUGAGGUCUCGGGACAUUUAGGAUCAGAUAAUAACAGGUUGGAAUAUCAUGAGGCUAAAAAAUAUUCAAGAAUAGUUUGUAUGAAGAUAUUUAAUAAGUUCCAGACAAUGAGAUGUCAGAAUAUUAAAGAUAAAGAUUUAAUGAAGGAAAUGUAUUUAGAAGAUGUCAUAUCAAGAUGUGUUUGGUUAAUUAAAAAUACACCAAGUCAUUCAAAUAAUGGUAAAUUAUAUGGUAAAAAUACUAUGUAUGUGGAUACAGUAUCAAAAAUGAAAACAAGUACAUAUCAUAUGAUGGAUUAUAGAACAAAAUUAAGAUCAGGAACUAUAUUCAGAAGAUCAAAUUCAUCAACAAAUCUCAAUACAAAUUCAUAUUCAAGCUUGAAAAUUGACAAUACAACCAAAUUCGAUUCGAGAGGUGUAAGGGAUUCAAGGGUUGUGAAAAGUUCAAGAGAUUCAAGAAAUUACAGGACUUAUUCAACAGAUUCUACAGAUUACAAUAGUUCAACUGUAUUUAGAAAUUACAUUACAAGAGAUAAUAGAAUAUUUGAUGAUAAUUUUAAUGAAUUGGUUGAAUUUAUAUUAAAUGGUCCUACAAGAUUAGAAUGUGAAAAGAGAUUUCUGACACAUCGAUUAACAUCAUUGAUUAGAAUAUCAUUACUUUCAAGUUUAAAAGCAUUAAUUUAUAGUUUUCUAGAUCUUGGUUAUGUUCAUACUCAUAUCUUAAAAUAUAAUUUUUCACCAUUAGUAGUUGAUUUACUUGUUAAUCCAAAUCUAAAUACUCUGAAUAAUCCUAAUACUGUUGGGAAUAAUCAUAAUACCUUUGGAAAUACUAAUCCCAAUACUGUAAAUAAUCCUAAUACUGGUACUAAUCUAACUGCUGUAAAUAGUUUAAAUGAUAUAUUGGAUUUAUUUUGGUAUAUAAUGAUUAAUAAAUUGAGACCAAUAAUGUUGAGUACAUAUAAAGAUUCAAAUUUCGAAUUAAUCAAUGGUAAUAAACAUGUCCCAGACAUAUAUAAUAGAGUUGUAUAUGAUUAUUUGUGUAGUAUAUUGGAGAAUAUAUGUGAUUGGUAUAUUAGGAGUGGAAUAACAACAAUCGAUUCCACUAACUAUAAUAGACCAAAUAUGAACUUUUGGUUAGGAAUUUCACUCUCAUUUUUCUCUCUAGUAUAUUCACUAGGGCUUGAACCAAUGACAGAUACACGUUAUUCAUUUCAGAUUUUUAAUUAUAUGAUGUCGAUUCUGCAUCCACUGCCAUUAUCAAAUUUUAAAAAGGCAAUGUCUAAUCAAACGAGUCUUUCAUGUUAUACAGUUGAGGUAGCAUUGGUUAUAUAUUUCUCGGAAUAUUUUCUAGUAAAUUUUGGAGAAACUGUAGAGAAUCUGUUUCAUUGUUUGAAGAUGAGGAAAUUUACAAGGAAGGAUCAGCUGAUUGUACCAGGAGGAACCAUCUACCUGAUGGUUAAAAAGUCGUCAAAAAUAUCUGAAACACUUAAACAAGAUGAACCAAUUAAUCUUAGUUUUACACAUCUCUGGAGCUUUCCAAAAAUUGAAAAUACCAGUCACGGCUUAGGGCAUUUGAUUUAUAAUUUCUACGUCAACUUCGAUCAAUCCAAUACAACAGUUAUGGACUCCGUAAAUAUGGAUACAAAUACACUCAAUCCAAUUAGAAAUGUAAGUUUGGAAGAAAAUGAUAUAAUCAUGUGGAGAAUGGAGAAUUAUUGUUAUUUGAUAUCAGAAGUAUCACUUACAAAACGUACAAGUAAUAAUAUUGCAAUGGUAAUUAACACGUCUAGGGAAAUUACAGUUUACUUGACAUUGCCGAAAAAUAUUACAAAUAGAAUUACAAACGAGAUUGAGUUAUCUUUGGUAAAUUAUUUAGGAGGGAAUUUGGAAAUUGAAGGAGUAAAUGGAACUUGGACACAAGUUUUAGGAAUUAAAGGAUUAGACUAUUUUUAUGUUGUUCGAUCCAAUUUAUAUUUAUUAUUAAAGUAUUUAUUAUGGGUAGAAUUAUCAACAAAUUUACAUACAGCAAAUAAUAAUAAGGAUACUAAUAGUACAAAGGAUAGUAAUAGUACAAAUAGAGUAGAUGUAGGUAAAUUGUGUAGAAAUAAUGUGGGUAAAUUGUGUAUAAAUAGGAUAGAUGUAGGAUUAGUAUUGGGAAUAUUAUUUAAAUAUUUGAGAAGUACAGCAAUACAGAUAUUUAACCUAAGUUCAGUAUGUAAUUGUAAAGAUAAUCCAGAGAAAGUAAGUAUAAAAUACCAUUGCAGUAAUAUUAGUUGUCAAUUUAAGUAUUCUACUACGAUAAAGGGUUAUUUAGUUGAUUCAGAUAAUACUGCAGAUAAUUUAUUGGUGACUAGAGGUUGUUCAACAUGUUCAACAAAUCAGAUUUAUAAAAAGGAAUUGGACUUCUUUUGGGGUAACAUAUUAUCAUAUCUAAUUAGCCUAGUGAGGGUUUGUGAAAAUUAUAGUCUAGUAUAUAUGGUAUUAAAUAGUUUAUUGACGACAUUUACAUUGGGUGAAAGACAAGCACAAGCAUUUCUAUCAAUGGAUUCUCUAGGUCAAAAGUUUUGUAAUCUUUUAGUAGUAACAAUAAAACAAUUAUCAGCAACAUCUAACAAUAUAAUGGGUAGUGUGAAUAAGGGUGUGAAUACUAGUGUGAACAGUGGUGUAAAGGGUUGUGUGAAUAAAUUUGGUGUAUGUGAUUAUGGAUAUAUGAAGACAGUAUUAGCAUCACCAAAGAUACAUGCAUUGUUUGUAUUAAAAUGGUUACCACCAUUGAAACAAGUACCAUUAGAAUGUAUUUAUGCAACACUUCGAGAAAACUUUCAAUCGAUUUUGAUAAGUAAGAGUUUUAAGCCAGUGACUAAGAUUGAACCAAAUGAUCCAUUUGUGACUUUGCCACAUUCAGAUCACUUUGUAACUCAUAGGAAUUCGGUAGAUUUUGAAGCUGACAUUUCAGAGAAUACUUUACAGGUUAUUAGAGCGAAUAAUAUGGGAGGGAUUGUAAUGUAUAGGAUACCAACUACAUUGGGCACAACAGCAGUACAAUUGACAACAAACUUUUAUAUUUUAAACGCUAGCAGGUUUGGGAUAACAGUUGCACCAGCAGAUUGUGUGUUUGGUACGGUGUCUGAUUUAUUUGAGCGGAAUGACGUGGUAGGGUUCUCACAUUCAAAUAGUUUGGGUUUCACAUCUCAAUUAUUUGCAGCCACAAUUGGUUACACAAUUGGUGAUGUUUUAACUGCACAUUUCACACUGGAUCACCAGGAAGAUGGGCAACUAUGUCUCAGAACUGAGCUCUUAAUUGGUGGAAACUCAAUAGGUUCAGUACUUGAAGUUGUGUUUGACCCAAUUACACAAAACGAUCCCUCAAGAAGAAUGUCACUAGUGUUCAUAUUCCAAGAUCCAGCAACUCUAGUCUUGAGAGGUACAAGUAUUAACCCAGACCGUAAUACCGGUACAAAUCCCGGUACACUCAGUGAAUCAAACAUAAUGAGUACAUUUUUGACCACCAAUGUUAGAAGAGAAAUACCAACCACAAAUGAUCGAAUUACAUCAUAUAACAUGAAUGAUAGAUCCAAUUCAUAUCCAAAUAUUAGACAAAUAAAUGGGGAAUUAGAUAGAGAAUUGGAUAGAGAAUUGGUCAACAGAGAUCAGGAUAACAGAGAUCAGUUUAACGUUGGAGAAGUUAACAGAGAAGUUGUUGGAGGUAAUGAAAUUAUUGGAUCAAGUAAUGUUGAAGUAGUAAGAGCAUUGGAUAGAAUAGUGUCUAGAGAAACAUCAGCAACAGCAAGAUCAAGAACAGUAACUGAACAAUCAAUUCCAAUAUCUGAUCGAACAAAUAGUAUUGAACCAUUUCCAGUCGAUACACAAUCAUCUAGUCCAAGAGAUAUGAAUGAAACAACUCUGAAUGAAACGACACUGAACGAAAAUGUUUUGACGUUUAAUUAUAAAAAGUAUUUUAAUGUUGAAGAUUCAGAAGUUUCAUUUGACAAUGUACCAGAGUGGGAUGUUAAGUUUGAUUCGGUGGAAAGUGAUGUAGUGGAGGAGUCACCAAUAACCCUUUGUAAGGACGAGUUCUGGGAUAAAUUGUUAAGAGAUGACAAGUAUACUUGUCUUUUUGCACAAUUUUCAGACUCAGUUCAAGUGUAUCAAUCAGUUUUGUCUGUGAAUGUGCCGAUGUUUUCAGGUCUAAAAAGAGAGUUGGUGAUGAAAAUUAAAUCAUCUUUUGAUGAUUUAUACACAUUGCUGAGUAGUAAUUUCAAGUACACGAGGCUUGAGUCUACAGUUCGUGACUGUUUCAGCUGGCUCUGUGUACUAUGCUGUGACCAUGAUAGACAAGUUUGGGAAAAAUUAUCACAAAAGGAGUUUAAAGUAGUGUCUGACUUUACUUUACCGUUUCUUCUAGGCUCAUCAUUCCCCUCGAAAACGACACUUGUAACUUUGCCAAACGAACUUUUACUUGAACUGUUUGCUAGCAUUUCCAAAAUCUUAACUAUAAGACUGGUAAUUACAAGUUUAACCCUAUGUGCAACUAAAAAAGGUUCAGUACGAUUCAUUCAUGGAGAUGUACAAACAGAUUCAUUGAUUUUCGUAAUAGCCUCAAAAUCAUUGCUAGCAUCUACACUCAUACUCAAGGUACUUUCACACCGUUGCUUCAAACAUGAUCUGUACUCUAGUACAAUUACCAACGGUAUAAGUGCCCUAAAUGCAGAUUUCCUACACUUAUUAGAUGGUUUGACUAGUUUCAUUACACAAUACCUAUCCUCAUGUGAAGACUUUGUCAUUUCAAGUAACAAUAUUGAAAAUGUAGCCUUUUCAAAUGUUGAAUCCAUAUUACAAUCUCUCAAUAUCAACUCAACCAAUAUUUCAACACAAGUAUUAGAAUAUUAA